AAAUUCUGCUUUAUUUAAAUGUCGUGAAGAAUAAUUAAUGAUACAAUGAUUAUUGUCAUUUUUAUCUAAAUUGUAUAUCUCAAAUGAACUAUUAAAUGUGUCAAUUAAAUAAAAAGGGAAGUAACAAUAAUACGAUUAAAAUAAAAUAAAAGAAAAAUAGUAAAAUAAAAGAAAAAUAAGAAUAAAAAAACAAUACAAGGAAUUAAUAACUGGUCCGGGACCAGGCGCGUUUGGAACGCGGAGAACGCAGAGUUGGAAACCCGGCACUGACGAGUGUCCUUAACCUCUGGGUUUAAAUUCCCUGGAAAAUGGUUCAUUCCAGAAACUGAGGAUCCGGGAUCCGGACGUGGUCACGUACCACGUUUUUUAGCGUAGUAAAAUUGGACGCGUGUUCCGGGAACACGUAGCGGUUUUUAUUGUUUCCGCAGGAUAAAAUUACAUUAGAUUAGGAUAGUGUUCUGGGAACACGUUGCGGUUGGACCGCGGGAAUAAAAUACAGUAGAAUAGGACUUAGUGUUCUGGGAACACGUUGCGGUUGGACCGCGGGAAUAAAAUACAGUAGAAUAGGACUUAGUGUUCUGGGAACACGUUGCGGUUGGACCGCGGGAAUAGAAUACAGUAGAAUAAGACUUAGUGUUCUGGGAACACGUUGCGGUUGGACCGCGGGAAUAGAAUACAGUAGAAUAAGACUUAGUGUUCUGGGAACACGUUGCGGUUGGACCGCGGGAAUAGAAUACAGUAGAAUAGGAUUUAGUGUUCUGGGAACACAGAGCGGUUGGACCGCGAUACAUAGAGAUUGAAGUGGGUUUCAUACCCGAGAAAGUGGUCAGGGACCACGGGCAACGCAGCGGUUGGACCGCAUAAAGAGAAAGUGAAAGUGGUAAGAAAGCCACGAAAUAGUCGAAAAUACGAAGAGAAUAUUGGUAUUUGAAAAAGUUUUAUUGUAAGCAAUAUUGUUAAGUUGUGCUAAAGAAUAGGAAUUUGAAACUUACUGAAGAUUGUACGAAAUGGCUGCUUAUUUUUAAAUGUGCUGUUUAUUUGCGCUGUUUGCUACCGGUAUAUUAUCAGCUUUACUAAGGACUGACAGCAAAUAACAUUGAGAGGAAGAAUAAACGAGAUAUUCAGGGUAAGACAUAUUUUAGUGGAAGAUAACAUGAAGACUCUUAAAGAGCAAUGGGAGGCAGCCGUAGAACAGCUUUUGAGUGGGUUAGAAGAAAGAGAAAGGCUCAAAAAGACUCAGAAAUUGCAAGAAAUGUAUGAAGAAUGGAAACAACUUAAGGGUUACGAAGAUAGGACGAAGACAAGUUUGAAAGAGCAAGUAAUUGUUCAAGAAAGUGAAGCGCACAGGAAGUUUCAGAGAGAGGACAAAAAGGAAGUGGGGUUUCUAGCUAGAAAGAAGCAUGACAAGGAAGUGAAGAGACUACGUGAAGAGUUUCAUUUGUGGCAUAGUAUGGCAGUUAGUUGUGUGGCUUUGGUACAGUUGGAUAGAGAGAGACAAGAGACAGAAAAGAAAGUAGAAAUAAAAAAGAGUGACCUUAAAGAGAAGGAAGCAAACAAAAUUCAAGAGGGGAGGGAAAUAGCAUCCAUAUAUCCAGCACUGCCACCCACUGCUCCACCUCCAUAUGCCCCGCCCCAUACACAGUUGCCAGUAUUUGAAGUACAAAAGGGUGUGUUGGACAUGGAGCAGCGGGAGGGAAAUCGCUGGAAAAUAAAAUCAGGGAAAUUAAAUUUAAUAACAGAAAACGAGACAGAGGAGAGAGAAAUAGCACGAGAAACAGCUGAAUUGAUGAGAACACAUAGAGAGCAAGCGGCACAGGCAGAACAGAAGAUGGCAGCUCUGGAGAAAGAACUGAGGGAACAAUGGAAUAGCGUAGUACAGGAAAGGACAUUUCAACCCGGAGCACAAAGCACCCCAGGAGAAACAUUGAGUAGCAGAUUCAUAACAGUGGACGAGACUGGGAGUCAGAUAGAGGUUGAAGAACAGGGAACAUAUCCAGUUGAAAUCAGAGGAGAAAUGAAGGUGGGUAAGAGGAUGAAAGAGGAGAGCAGAUAUAACUACAGUAUACAGACACCAAAGAAAGAACAGGAAGAAGAUGAACAGGAAUGUAGGGAACUACAUCUCAUUCGUAGGGUACCUAAUAUCUGCCCCCUAGUGGAGACAAGUGGAAAGGUAGAAUACAAACCAUGGUCAUUCACAGACAUGGGAGCUAUCCUUGCAAAGCUACCUCAUAUCACGAGUGGUGGGGGUAAAUGGAUAGGGAAGGUAAUAACUUUGACACAAGGGCAUACGUUGGCGAUCGGAGACCUUAGAGCAUUAUUGGGACAGGUACUGACCGUAGGACAGAUUACGGAAAUUGAGCGAGAGGCAGGAACGGUAGGAUUAUAUGAUGACUAUCCAUACUGUCGAGUUGCAUCAGAUUGGGGAAAGGCACUGCGAAAGCUGUACCCAGCGCCAGCAGGCACCCUUUACAAUAUAACAUUUUCUCCAAAAGGGGAAGAAACAGCAGCAGCAUAUCUGAGUCGAUGCAAAGGAGAGUGGGAAGAGCAAACAGGGGCUCAUCCACAUUCAGAUAGAAUACAGGAACAGAUGUUCAGAGCUGCUGUAUUGGAAGGGACUCCUAAAUCUGUACAGGAUGAAAUAAAAGCCAACCCCGACUUACCAGGUGCUUUAUGUGAGGUUUGGGAACGACAUUUCCUUCAUCACAUGUCUAGGGCGAACGAAAAAGAAAAAGAAAAGGUAGGGGAAGUAGAGGAAUUGAAAAAACAGUUGCUAAAAUUACAGUUGCAGGAAGCAAGAUCUAAAUUAAAUGAAGAAAAAGGGAAAAAGAAGGAUAUACAAAUGGUAGUUCAGGAGAUGAAAGCCCCUCCAAGAUAUAACAAAGAACAGGAAGUUGACCCAUCAAAUGUUAUAUGGGAGAGAACCACACAAAGACCAAUCACCACGAGCACACUCGCAGUACCCUUUGUCCACUGGAGGGGAAAGGGAGUGGUACUGAGACAGCCCACGGAACGACCUCAGCAGGGUCAGGGCGGAACCCUUGCUGACUUUGGAGACGAAACCACUGAAGUAAGGGGGUUUUCCGGGGCUAUAACUAGACUGCCAUUCUCCAAAGAACUCACAGUGCAGUGCAUGAAAAAACAAUCACUGACUCACUCUUUUCUGCUGUCAUAUUCCUCACCGACAAAUUUGUUGGGAAGAGACUUGCUAGUGAAACUUGGAGCUGAAAUCCUAUGCAGCCCGGAGGGGAUUAUAGUAACUGUGAAAAAUGGUAUCACCAUGAACUGUUCCAUCAUGUCCACAAUGAGAACACAUGGACAAUGGUUACUUUCUGCAAACACCUCUCCACAGGGAGCUGACAUUUACUGGGGGAGGGUGCUUCUGGGGGACACAGGUAACACCCUGAAAGAUCUGUACUCUCAAUGGGAACCUUGGAUAUUGUCAUUAGCGCCAUACACCCAGCUAAUAGAUCCACUGCAUGUCACUCUGUUUUAUGAUAGAACACAAGAGUACUGGUACCAAGAACAAUUUGAUAACAUUGCAGGAGAACAGUGGGAAAUUUUUGGGGCAGGAAUACUGAUAGGCAAAGAGGGAGUGGCAGGUAUUGUAGAACUUACCCCCGAACAGGAACAAUGGUAUAAAAUGAGGGAAGAGGCAUCACCCCAUAUAUCAUUGUUAGUACACCCCCAACACCAAGCUAAAGAUCUAGGACCAAUGGUAAAGAAGGGAAUACACUUAACAGAUUGGAGGGAAACCCAACUUCCUGGUGUAAAAUAUUCAUCUAGCUCAGGGUAUUAUUUGAUCACACAGGAAACAAAAGACACUGUAGUGUUGGAACACGAAUGGCUCACAAGAUGGCAUGGUAGGGAGAAAAGUGAUCAUGAAGAUGCUGAAACAAUGUUGAAAAGUUUGCCCGACCAGUUAUGGACUCAGAGUCCCACAGAUGUAGGGUUUUGUAAAAAUUACCCAGAAAUUUCGUUCGAGCUGACAUGUGAUGAUCCAAUUUGGAGGCCUCAGUAUAAGCACAAACCAAAGGCAGAGGAAGGUAUCAAAGAUACCAUUGAAGGUUUGUUAACCGCAGGGGUUUUAGAGUAUGCUGAUUCCAAUUGGAACACACCCAUUCUGCCUGUGGAAAAACAAAACACAGGAAAAUUCAGAAUGGCACAUGAUUUGAGAACAAUCAAUCAAAUCAUUAAAACUCCAACUUUACCUGUUCCAAACCCAUACACUUCUCUGAAUGAAAUCACUCAAAAUCAAUCAUGGUAUACUUGCAUCGAUCUCGCUAAUGCUUUCUUCUGUUUACCCCUUGCAGAGCACUUAAGAGAUAUUUUCUCCUUCACCUACAGGGGGCGACAAAUAAGAUAUUCCCGCAUUCCGCAGGGAUUCAUUUUAUCCCCUGGGAUAUUUAACCAGGCACUGAAAGAUAUGUUACAGGGAGUGAACUUGCCGGAGGGCACGACUCUCAUUCAGUAUGUAGAUGAUUUGUUACUGGCCGCAGAAACAGCAGAGCACUGUAUCCAGGCCACACAUGAAGUGCUCAAACGACUGUAUGAACAAGGUUUCAAAGUGAACAAGAGCAAAUUACAGGUAUGUAGAAGGGAAGUUACUUUUCUAGGAAGAGUAUUGUCAGCACAGGGAUCAGGAUUGUCCAGCCAACAUCGAACCUCAAUUUUGCAACAUGCCAAACCAAUUACAGUAAAAGAUAUGUUAUCAUUUCUUGGCUUGGCAGGUUUUAGCAGGAAUUAUAUUCCAGCAUAUGCAGAGUUGACACGCCCACUAAGGGAAAUGGUUAGGAAGGCAGGGCCAAGGGAACUAAGAGCAAAGUUAGCAUGGGACACAGAGACAGAAAAAGCGUUCAUAGAUGUGAAGAGCAGUUUAUCCAUGGCAGCAGAUUUGGCAAAACCAGAUUAUGACAAGCAAUUUUUCCUAGAUGUUUCACAGGGUAAGACUACAGUAAACGGAGUGUUGUUCCAGAAAGAUCAGGGUAAUCGGAUAGUUCUUAUGUACAUCAGCAUCUCACUGGAUAACAUUGAGAUAAGAGAACACCCAUGUACCAGAUAUGCAGCAGGACUGGCAAAAAUUGUGGACAAAGUUGGGCACAUAGUACAGGGACAUUGUUUAACAGUUCUCACUGCACAUUCAGUGGUAGCUUAUGUUAAUUCAGCAUCAUUUACACUUUCCACUCUGAGACAAAGACGGUUGGAAAACUGUCUCGCACAACCAAAUCUGGUUUUCACACAUGAGGGCAUAAACAUGGCCUCAUAUUGGACAGAAGGAGAACCCCAUGACUGUUGUAUGACCGUGGAAAGGGAAGAGAAAAUUAGACCAGAUUUGUUGACACAAAUCAUUCCAGAGGGAGUUAUGGUGUUUUCAGAUGGAUGUUGUUUCAGAGAUUCGAGUGGAACACUGAGGUCAGGAAUAGGUAUUGCAGCACUGGAAGAGGAAGAGAUUGAAAUAUUGAUAGCAGAACCUUUACAGGGACAUCAGUCAGCUCAGAGAGCAGAAAUUGUGGCAAUGACAAAGGCGCUAGAGUGGGGAGAAGGAAAAAUAAUCAACCUUUUUAGUGACUCUGCCUAUGCAGUGGGUGCAGUUGUAACAGAAUUGCCUAAGUGGAAAAGAUGUGGUUUUAUGGCAGCUAACAACAAACCUAUUAAACAUCAGGAAGACAUCAUAGCAUUAGCAGCAGCUAUUUUGAAACCCAAGCAGGUUGCAAUCAUAAAAUGUAAAGGUCAUGAUAACAGUAACUCAGAUGCGGCACAGGGUAACCGGAUAGCCGACAUGGCGGCAAAGCAAGGUGCAGGGUACGUCACACAAAUGGUGUUACAAGAUGUGGAACAGGAAGGUACCAAUAACAUUUUACCUGACCCAGACAUAGCAGUAGAACAACGCAAAGCCUCACCUGAGGAAAAGUCUAUGUGGCUUCAGAAAGGGGCGGUACAUUUAAACAAUGGCUGGGUGGGACCUGACUGGUGGCACCAAUACCUGGCUGCUACAGUUAAAGAAUUUAUCGCUAACUGCAGGGUGUGCUCCAUACACAAUGUACGUGCUGGAGUGAAAUGUGCCGCAGGUGUCUUCCCGCCACGGGGACCUGGUGAGGAAGUGGUUAUCGAUUACACAGACCUGGGGGAGAGAGUGGAAGAUGCAGAAAUCACUCAAUUGGCGGAUUGGGUGCUCCUACGGGAUAUGGUAAGAUUGGACCUGCAGGAACUGCAGGACCAAAAGGGGGAAUCCAACACAGGGGAACAACAACAGGUUGACAUUUCCCAAAAGAACACAAAACUAACACUCAAAGAACUAAAGGGGGACUUAUUCAACAGUCCAGAACAUGAAGCAUUAGCUCACUGCAUUAGCAAAGAUUGUGCAUUUGGGAAAGGAAUAGCAUUGGAAUUCAGAAAAAGAUAUGGAAUAGACAAAGUAGUUAGACAACAGAAAGUGGUGGGACAGUGUGCGGUAACACAGGAAGGGCAAAGAACAAUCUUUCACCUGAUAACAAAAGAGAAAGCCAAAGAUUUGCCAACAUACGACACAUUGAGACAGGCAAUAAAGGAACUCAAAAAACACUGUGAAGAACAAAGAGUAAAAAAGUUGGCUAUACCCAGGAUUGGGUGGAUCGUGAAGACGGUGGAGGGGAAGGAUCCUCCACCGUAUCAGAUGCCACUGCUGGGAGCAGUAGGGCUAAACGAAGAAGAACCAAAGGAGGAGGAGUCAGAGGUUGAUCUCCUGUAA